AUGGUUAAACUUGGAAAGAACUCGAAGAGGACUCCCGUUCGUUUACGCCACAAGAUUGAGAAGGCCAGCACCGCCAAACAGAGGAAGCAAAGGAAACUAGCCAAGAAGAAUCCGCAAUGGCGCUCAAGGUUGAAGAGGGACCCAGGAAUUCCUAGCCUGUUCCCGUACAAGGAUAGGAUUCUGAACGAUAUUGAAGAAAGGAAAAGAAUAUUAGUUCAGGAAAACUCGCAAACACAUAAACCACAGUACAAAUGCGAAACCAGUACUCAAGAUUUCACUACAAUUACCGACGAUCAGAACGUUAGCCAGGACGUAGUUAUAGAUGAUGAGAUGGAAGACGCCGAAACGUAUGAAAAUCCUAUGGCCGCUCUAUUGACCUCGGCAAGAGCAAGGGCUGCCGAAUACUCGGCACAAAUUGAUGAUCAAUAUUCCGACUUCGAGGAGAUGAAUGAAAAUGAAGAUCUGUCACUAGUCGGCUCGGUAGCCUCUGGACCGAAAGAUACCUCCAGGCGUGCAUUUAAUAAGAUUUUUAAACGUGUAAUUGAAACUGCCGAUGUUAUUUUAUACGUUUUAGAUGCACGGGACCCGGAAGGUACAAGAUCAACAACCGUGGAACGGGAAAUAAUGUCGGCUAAUGGUGGGGAUAAGCGCUUAAUUUUAAUCAUGAACAAGAUUGACCUGGUACCUCACGCUGUAUUGAAAGGGUGGCUAUCAUAUCUUCGAAGGUAUUUUCCAUGUCUUCCCUUGAAGGCGUCGACUGGAACUGUUAAGCCACCUGGAUUUGAUGACAAAGAGUUUUCUAUGCAAGCCACUUCCGAAACGCUCCUGAAAGCUUUGAAAUCAUACGCUCAUAACAAACAAUUCAAACGUUCCAUUUCAGUUGGGGUUAUUGGCUAUCCCAAUGUGGGCAAAUCAUCCGUUAUCAACGCGUUGGCAUCAAGACUGGGUAGAGGGACAUCCUCUCCAUGCCCAGUUGGUGCCGCAGCUGGCAUCACGACCAGUUUACGAGAACUGAAACUCGACAAUAAAAUAAAGAUAAUUGAUUCUCCCGGUAUUGUUUUUCCAAAUACCCGCGAUGCAAAGGAUGUCAACCAAGAAGCACGGCUAGUCCUUCUUAAUGCAAUACCGUUGAAGCAAAUGUCAGAUCCUAUUACUGCCGUCUCCCUAUUACUCGACAGGUUAAAGUUGUCUCAGGCACUCCUUUCUAGCAUGCUCGAAUUUUAUGGAAUUCCCCCGCUUCAACAUCCAGCAAACGAGAAUGUCCAUGAAUUUCUUAUCCAAGUUGCCAGGAAAAAGGGAAGACUCGGUAAAGGUGGUGUCCCUAACGUAAAAAGUGCAGCUAUGGCUGUCGUUACAGACUGGAGGGACGGUCGCAUUCAGGGUUGGGUUGAAGCACCUACCCAGGCACUCGUUUACCGAGGGGCAGCUGCUCCCCUGCUUGGAUCCGACAGGACAAUAAUUGUUUCAGAGUGGUCUAAAGAAUUUGAUCUAGCAGAGUUAUAUUGCUAG